UCGUUUAUUCGUGGAGUAGGACGUGUUUUGUGUGAGAACUGCUGGAUUAAGAACAUAAUAAAAGAAACAAUGAGAGGUAGAAAGAGAAAAUUUGUGAAACACAGAUGCAAUGAGAGAUCUACAGCACCACCUAAUGUAGUAAGUGAUCCCAAAAGGAAGAGAAGUGUGUCACCAUCCAAGCAAAGGGAGAAAACAGCUCUCACAAUCCUGUCAUUGUUACCUGAAAUGCUCGAGAAGAUCCUCUUUAAUCUCUCUGCAACGGAUGUGGUUUCUUUUGGAGCCACUUGCCGUUAUUUUCACGAGCUGAGCCUGAGCCAGGCAGUGUGGAAGAGACUUUACUGGAGGCAAUUCAUUGGCCCAGCUCUGAACAAUAAAGACGUCAAUUGGAGGAGGUUCACCAUCCUAAAGAUGAGCCAGGGCCUUGCCAUGCAGCGCCUGAACAAAGGUGUGCGUCGUAUUGGAUUGCAUCAGCAGCAUGCCAGGGCUCGGCGGCCAACAGGGGUCCAUCUGUUCAACAGUUCCCUGGCAUUGGGCUUCCGUAGGGUGGAGGCCAUACUUGAACAAACCCUGCUGUGGGACUACAAUGGCACUAUCUUUGCGCUCAUCACCCCCAUAGGAAGAGCGCCAUGGUCAAGGCCAUACAGCUACUCAGUACUGUGCUAUCGAGCCAUAGAUUUUGCUGUGGACCCUCGCUGGAACCACAACCUCCGCCAUUACAUCUAUGUGCUAACGCUGGGAGAGAGCAGUGGCAAACUUCCAGAGUCUGUGGGAAACCCAGGCUCUGUUGGUGACACUGUGGAGGUGUUCGAGUGGGACACCCAUGAAAGAGUUUGUUAUAUUUCUUUCCACUCUACUAUAUUCUUCACACAGCUCAGACUGAGUGGGUCAGAGAACCGUCGCUUAAUCCUGCUGCUGACAGAUGAUGGAAUAGUAUAUUCAGCGCAUUUAAAUGAAACUAUGUACAGCAGGAGGACCUCCUACACCACGGAGCUGACUCCAAAGACAGUUUCCUGUCAACUGCCAAACCUUCCAGUCAAACAGCUCCACACCAGUUCAAACAGCACUGUGUAUAUUAAAGCUGACGGCUCAGCUUUUGCAGAAGUGCAUUCUCCAGGAGCGCUCCGCCAGCUGUUUGGGACUUAUGAAGGUUUUAAUCCCAUUGGUGCUGAAAUGGUUUACCCACUGCGUCUGCCAUCCAGGGUGGUGAAAUGCUCUCUGGGGCCUAACCACCUCUGUCUGCUGGAUAACUGUGGAAGGAUCUUCAUGCAAGGCUGCAACCACCAUGGCCAGUUAGGAACUGGAGACAAGAUUGAUCGUGCCGAGCCCACUCUGGUGAUCAUUCCCAUGGCCCCAGUGAAUGUGUGGUGUGGGCUGAACCACACACUGGUUCUGCUGGAGGCUGAGUGUGGAGAUAAGCAGGUGCAAGGCUGUGGCUGUGGAUCGCGGGGCCGAUUACCAGGCCACUUGGGGGGCAGCUCUGUGUUUGUGAGGCUCAAAGUUCAAGUUCCACGCCACGCCUCAUCUCUUUAUUCCUCAUCAGACUUUCUCUACAUUAUCUGCUGCCAUGACAUAACUGAACCCCCUGCACGUUUCUACAUACCACCUGAAGUCACAGCUCUGAAGGAUGCUGAGAAAAAACAGAAGGAAGAGAUUGAGAAACUGCACAUGGACCUCACUCAAAUGAAGAGAUGUGUCAGUACCAAAAGGGGGAUCAAGAUGCUGCAGAGGGCUGUAAAUGAACACAUGACAGGCCUAAGUCCUGCCCACAAAGACUUCCUUGACUCAGCACUGUCCAUAAUCCUGCAUGGGGAGAGCAGAUCCACAGAGGAGCCAGAGCAGCAGCCUCAUGCAUAAACAGGACUGUCGAACAGUUUACUCUGUAUGACCAGUACCUCUUUAUUUCACAUAAAGAAUAAAGGUACCUAGCAACAUAAAA